CAACGAAAGGACAUCCGUUUUCAAAAACUCAGGUAAAAAUGGCUUCUUUUCACAAUGAUUUGCCCGGAACCAUCACACCGGAGAGUAACGCUAGUUCGAGUGCAGGUGGUGAUUCCGAUAACCACCAUUCUUCAGCCUUUAGAGAUUCGUCCACAGAGGAAACACAUAGUGAAGUGGGGAAUGCUAAAGAAGGUGGAUUUACUCCGCUGGUGACAAAUACGGAGGCGGACACGGUUGUAUUUGAAGGAUGGGAGAGUAAGGUUAUCAGCGGGAGACUGGGUAACCUCCGUAAAGCCCCUAAGAGUCUCCUUGCCGGUUUUAGGUUCAGGGCGGCACUACAUCAUGAAGUUGUAGACGGCUUAGCCACAGUGAAGGGAUAUAAAAAGUUAGAGGAAAUGGUUGAAGAUACCUACAAAGGCGGUGGUCUUCAGGUCGCUCUUUUUGUGCUGUCUGUGCCCUCCACUAGUGGAACGAGGUGGUACUAUAUCUCCGGAAGGGAGAAGAUGAUGAUUUUCACCAACAUCAGAAAUAAGUGGCGUACGCCAAAUACGUACAUGAACUACCCUCAACUGGCUGUUGGUGAUGUUGACCUGAAGAAUCGACUGCUAGAUUAUGUUAAGGCUAAGGGUUUAGUAGAUUUAGAAGCCUUGGUUACCCUAGAGCAGCUCACAUUACUCGGGUUUGUCGACGUGGCAAACCUGUAUACUGAAGCACCUAAGCGCAGUUCGUCGCAUAGAAGUUUGAGCUUGGCAUCAAGACCCCGUGUCGAGCAAAGAGUUGAAACUGCACCCUCCAGUUCUAGAAAGCGUGCUCAAGAUGACUCUGAUGCUGAGGAUGACGUGCCACUGAUCCAGCGAAGAACGAGCACCAGGGGGGGACCUAGGAUUGCUUACCCAGAGGGCUUCAGCUAUCUCAGAGCUGACUGUCAAUCCGUCGCGCAGGGUAUGCAAAAUUUCGUUCCCCCUGUAGAUCGGCAAUGCGUAAAUGGGUAUGUUCAGCAGUAUAGCAGUCAUGCUACUAUGUUAAAGCUAAUGGACGGGGCACGCGAGCAGAACCGUGAGCUCCAACACAGCUACAAACAGUUGGCCUCUGAGAAGGCUAGUUUGGAGGAUGAGGGGGAGGAGAUGGACGAUCAAGGAAAAAGCCUCACUCCUCCAGUUGAUGCCACCGUGAGGCUAAAGUGGGAACUCAAUGAAGAGGGAGUGUCAGUGUGGCCUCCUUCCAUUUUAGAAGAGGGGAAGGAUACUGAGGGCCUGCCAAGUUUUGAUGCUUGGGUGGCAAAGCCCCUUGAGGUCCAAGCUGAGCCAUCAAGCACUCCUCCAAUCUCUCAGCCCGCCAUCCUUCCAGCUUUCCCUUCGCCAGCUCGAUCACCUUCUACUCGACCUACUACUGCGCCUGCUGACGCGUCCAUCCCCGUCGACCUGACAUAUGACUAGUUUAGGACUAGCUUAGGAUUUUUGUACUUUUAUAGUGGUCAUUUGACCCAUUUAUCCUUUGAAUUAUUAUCUCCUGUACUUUAAAUGUAAAUUUUGAACAUAAAUACACGAUUGGAGAUUUUUUGGAUUUUCUGUGUUUAUUGAGUUGUGUACGUUCUUUACAUUUCUGAAUACACUUUGUUGAUAAGA